GCCUCGCAUUCGAAAUUGGAAUGUUGAUACAUAACAGUUCUGGUAACGCAAAGAAUCAUUUUGUAGAAAGCGAGUGAGAGGAGUGGUAUUAUUAUUAAUGAUUGUACCCACUUCUCACAUUUACCUCAGUUUGUAACUCAGUUUUUAAGAAAGAAUAAUUUUAAGUUUGCUCCUAGAAUCUCCGAGUGGCAAAGAAAAUAAUCUGACGGCGAUAAAACCCCCAGCUAAUCCCGGUACACCCGAACCCGGGCAUGCACUGUAAUAAGCGUCGGGGAAAGAAAAAGUUAAAGAGAAUAGUGAAAAGGUAGACGGGAAAAGGUGCUUGCGGUCACAGUAGUGACUGUAAUCGUUUAAGGAACAACAAUAUCCCUUCACAUCGAACAGUUGUGAAGCCGAGAGAUAUGUGAAACGGUAAGCACGCCCCGAGGAUUCAUAAUGUCUAACAGUAAAAGAGGCGUUGUCCAUUGGGAAGCCAGGAAAGAGAGAUCCGAUUGCAAAGAUUGUUCAAAGAGUAGACUUGAUUCGAAACGGGUCGGCCAUCGCUGGCACAGACGUGGAAGGGCAGAGUGUGGCAGAACAGGCAGGUUUUUUGGUCGUGGCCACCAACACCAGUCGACGGAACUCCAAGGGGUGAGGCUGCGUCCGGUCAAUGUCCGUGGUAAUCGUGCCCCAGGCAUGAGGGCUCCUCGAAAUACGAACCAAUUCCUGAUGCACGAGAAGUACCAACUGAUGCACAUGAGAUCUGACUCGACUGGGAGUGAUAGUGGCUCGGAGAUCGAAGUAGACAUGGACAUAGACUCGUACCUGGGUGUGUUAGAGAACGCCCGAGGCGCUCUAGACUGCUCCAUGUCUCCCUUGUCUGAUGAUAACCUGUUACGCUUCGGAUUUUUUGAACAAAUAGAUCACGAUCAGAGUUUGCAGUAUUUUCCGUCAGAGGACGACGUAGUAAAAAGCGAACGUUUUAUGCGACAGGACUUUGCUGCAUUUUGCAGUACGUUUAAUGUAGAGUAGUUGCAAUAUUACAAUUUUGAGACGAACUAUUUUCUCAGCUAAGGGAGAAUGUGUUGCGAAAACAUUUUGUAAAUGACAACCAUUUGGUUUGCCUGUAAGGGUAACCCCGUGUGUGUCGUUUCUAUGACCCACAAAUACUUUGCCAAUAAACGUAUUUCAUUUACUUAA